GGAGUGAAGUGGAACAAGAACAGCAGAGCGAUAACAGCAAAAUUUAAGCAUCGCAGCUGAACUGACGUCUAGAAGACACAAUGAUGAGCAGCAGGAUCCUCGCAACAAGUGCCCUUGUCCUUCUUGCAUUCCUCACUAUCAGCGAAGGAAUGACUCUACGGAGUUUGGGAGUGGAGCUGCACUGUCGCUGCAUCCAGACAGAGAGCAAACCUAUCGGCCGCCACAUUGAGAAGGUUGAGCUGAUCCCUGCCAACUCUCACUGCGAAGACACUGAGAUCAUUGCUACGCUGAAGAAGAGUGGAGAGGAAGUCUGCCUGGACCCCGAAGCUCCCUGGGUGAAGAGAGUCAUUAAAAGAAUCCUUGAGAGCAGAAGACGCUGAGUGUUUCCAGAUAACGGAGAAAAUACCGACAAGUAUUUAUACAGAGAAAGACAAUGCACUUUAAUUUAUAAAACAUCGAUUGCUUGUUAUGGUCAACACUGGAAUUUUCCAUUGCUUGAGUUUCCCUCUGUUGUGACAAACUGUUGUUGAACAUAUUUAUUGAUGUAUUUAUGAAUAUUUAUAUGUGUUAUUUUAUAACCUGAAAAACAAUGAAUAAAA